CAGUAGCAGUAUGUUAUUCCCAAAUUUGUCCGUAGAUGGUAGCAGACGGUAAACCCGGCAGUUGAACAGAGAAGAAGAAAAGCGGAAGUGAGUGCACAGUGUAAAUAGUCCUGUCAUUAGCUCAGCGGCCAGCUAAAGGUUGCCUGUGGUCACCAUGCCUUAUCUGGGCAGUGAAGAGACUGUGAAGGAGCUGAGGAGAGCUCUGUCCAACCCCAAUGUUCAGUCUGACCAGCUGCGUUACAGAAAUAUUGUCCUAAAAGUCAUCAGGGCAAUGUCACAGGGUGUGGACGUAUCUAGCCUAUUCAGUGAAAUGGUCAAAGCCUGUGCCACAGUGGAUAUCGUCCAGAAGAAGCUGGUCUAUGUCUUCCUCUGUUCCUACGCCACUGUAAACCCAGAGCUGUCACUGCUCGUCAUCAACACACUGAGGAAAGACUGUCAGGAUCCAAACCCCAUGGUCCGGAGCCUGGCCCUAAGGAACAUGACCAACCUCAGGUUACCCAGUCUGGUGGAGUAUGUGGAGCAGCCUUUGAUGACAGGACUGAGGGACAGAGCUGCAUGUGUGCGACGAGUGGCUGUGCUGGGUUGGGCCAAACUAUACAAUCUGCAAACCCGCUCUGAGAUAGAUGCGUCAGUUGUGAACGAGCUUUACAACCUGCUCCGGGACCCAGACCCAGUGGUGAUGGUAAAUUGUCUACGAGCGCUGGAGGAGAUCCUGAAGGAGGAGGGAGGAGUUGCUAUUAACAAGCCCAUAACUCACCACCUCCUCAACAGGCUGAAAGAAUGUGACAUAUGGGGUCAGUGUGAGGUGCUGAGAAUCCUUCAGCGUCACCGUCCUCAGUCAGAGGACGAACUGUUCGACAUCCUGUCCCUGCUGGACGUUUCUUUGGUCAGUCCUCACCCUCCAGUCAUGGCAGCCACCCUCAGUUUAUUCCUGGGCCUUUCCUCUGGUUUACCUGCUGUCAGUAAGGCUGCCAUCGAGCGGGUACGAGGCCCCCUGCUGGCCAUAUGUGGCAGUGCAUCCAGAGAGAUGAGGUUUGCCGCCAUCUGCCACAUACAGUUGCUCUUGUGUUCCAUCCCUGGGCUGAUGGGGGCGCACUAUAAGCGUUUUUUCUGUGGUUACGCAGAGCCGUCAUACAUCAAACAAAGAAAAAUGAAGGUGCUGGUGGAGCUGGUGAAUGAUGAGAAUGUUGCUAUGGUUCUGGAUGAACUGAAAGGAUACUGCACUGAUGUUAACACAGAUACUGCCCAGGCUGCAAUCACAGCCAUAGGUCGUAUCGGACGGAGCUACAGUGACAAAUGUCUUGAGAUCCUCACCGGACUGCUAGGGCUUAAGCAGGAGCACAUUAUUUCAGCUGUGAUGCAGACAAUGUGUGAUCUGGUCUGGGUUUGUCCACAGUGCAGUGAGACAGUGUGUGUGGCUGUGGAGGGCUGUGAGGAGAUGCUGCUGGACAGUCAGGGCAGACAGGCUCUGCUUUGGUUGCUUGGAAUGUAUGGGGAGUUUGUCUCCAGCGCCCCCUACACCUUGGAGACGUUCAUCGAUGGAGUAAGAAGCGAGGCCUCUUUAGGAGUGAAGAUGGAGCUGCUGACAGCGACCAUGCGGAUCUUUUUAUGUCGGCCUGCCGAGACGCAGGACAUGCUCGGAAGACUGCUUCAUUAUUGUAUUGAGGAGGAAACAAACAUGUGCGUCCAUGAUCAGGCACUUCUCUACUACCGCUUGUUGCAUUGUGGGAUAGAAGAGACACGAAAGGUCCUCCAGGGUCGGAGGUCAGACCCUUCCUUGGGUGUUCUGAUUGGUCGCCCUGCAGAGCCUAUUAGCCAAUGGGCAAGCAGUUUUAACACGCUAGGACCUCUUAAACAGAACAAUGUAGAGAUGGAGUCGACCAGCAGAAAAACUCCUGAACUUGUGACCUUUGAGCCCAAGUCUAACACUGACCUCAGGGACACGCUGACCUGUGAACCUGAGGAGAAUUUUCAUUCAGGCUCAGACAGGACGACUGAGAAGACAGACUCCUGCACCCCCGUGCUUCCGUCCAGCCCUGGACUUCCCCUGACUCUGUCACUGUCACCAGCUCUCAGCCCGGAGGAGUUUGAACAUAUGUGGCUGGAGCAGCAACCGCCGCAAAGCGAGCAAGGUGAUGGGAUGUCGAAAGAGGAAGAUUAUCUGUGUCUGGAAGAAUGUCUCCGAUGCCCAAACAUAUUUGAUUGUUCUCCGAAAAGUCUUCAGGCAGCAAUGCAGCUGGUCAACAUUCAGAUGCUGGCUUUUACACCACCUAACACACUCCCCUGGAGGGUCUACCUAUACACACACACUCAGCAGUCUAACUCUGUUGCCGACACACCCCACAGCAGCAGCGUCAGAGAUGUGCAGCAUACACUCAUACUAGGAGAGCUGCAGUACAGUGGAAAGGGAAAUAAGAAACAUGCCAUUAAGGGAAGCAUCAGUGAUGGAGAAGUGGUGACAAAAGAUUGGGAUGAUGAACGAGAGGAAGAGGAAGAGAAAGUAGUAGCUUAUGGACUGAGAACCGACAGAACACAGGAUGAAGUUAAAGUGACCCUAAAGCAGCAUCCAAAGGAUGAACAAGUUCUAAAGGGAUUUAUCAGCAUUCUGAGGACUCUACUGCACACACUCUCUUCAGAGGGAGUUUAAACAUCCCAUCCCAUAUUUGUUACUCAAAAUGAAUCAACUUGAAUAUUGAAGAUUUAGGUUUAAGUGCAUGGUGUAUAUAUAUAUAUAU